AUGGAUUCUAAUGCUGGCAUCUGUGGAAGAAGAGUGGUGGGAAUGGCUUGGCUAUGGAUGGUCUACUUCUUUCACCUAGUCACCUCACUAGAAGAAAUACUUCUGGAUACAACUGGAGAGACCUCAGAGAUUGGCUGGACCACCCACCCUUCUGAUGGGUGGGAUGAGAUAAGUGUCUGGGAUGACAAGAAGCGCCUGAUCCGAACGUUUCAAGUCUGUAACGUGGCUGAGCCGGGUCAGAACAACUGGCUGCGAACCCACUUCAUAGAGCGGCGCGGCGCCCACCGAGUCCACGUCCGCCUGCGCUUCUCAGUGAGAGACUGUGCCAGCAUGCACACUGUGGCCUCUUCUUGCAAAGAGACUUUCACACUGUACUACCACCAGUCAGAGGCUGAUACAGCUACUCAGGAACUACCAGAGUGGCGUGAGGGCCCCUGGACCAAAGUAGAUACUAUUGCAGCUGAUGAAAGCUUUUCCCAGGUGGACAGCACUGGGAAGGUGUUAAAGAUGAAUGUUAAAGUACGUAGCUUUGGGCCACUCACCAAGCAUGGCUUCUACCUGGCUUUCCAGGACUCAGGUGCCUGCAUGUCCCUGGUGGCAGUCCAAGUCUUUUUCUACAAGUGCCCAGCUGUGGUGAAAGGAUUUGCAUCCUUCCCUGAAACAUUUGCUGGAGGGGAGAAGACCUCACUAGUGGAGUCACCAGGGACGUGUGUACCCAAUGCUGAAGAGAAGAGCAUGACUGGGUCUUCAGGUGUCCGGUUGCACUGCAAUGGAGAAGGGGAGUGGAUAGUGGCCAUUGGACAAUGCACCUGCAAGGCUGGCUACCAGCCUGUCGAUGAUGAACAAGCCUGCCAAGCCUGUCCCCUUGGUUUCUUUAAAGUAUCUGUGGGAGAUGACUCCUGCCAUGUAUGCCCUGCCCACAGCCACGCUCCACUGCCAGGUUCCAGUGAAUGUAUGUGUCAGGACCACUACUAUCGGCCUGCUUCAGACAGUUCUGAUGCUCCCUGCACUGGCAUCCCCUCUGCUCCCCGUGACCUUAGCUAUGAAGUUGUUGGCUCCAACGUGCUCCUGACUUGGCGCCUCCCCAAGGACCUGGGUGGCCGCAAGGAUAUUUUCUUCAAUGUCAUCUGCAAAGUAUGCCCAGCAGGGUCCUCAGGCCCAUGUGUGCGCUGUGGGGACGCUGUGCAGUUUGAACCACGUCAAGUGGGCCUCACAGAAAGUCGUGUGCAAGUCUCCAACCUCUUGGCCCGUGUACGUUACACCUUUGAGAUCCAGGCUGUCAACUUGGUGACUGAGUUGAGUUCAGAAGCACCCCACUACGCCACCAUCAAUGUUAGCACCAGCCAAUCAGUCCCCUCUGCUGUCCCUAUGAUGCAUCAGGUGAGUCGUACUGCCAGUAGCAUCACACUGUCCUGGCCUCAGCCAGACCAGCCCAAUGGGAACAUCCUGGAUUACCAGCUGCGUUACUUUGACAAGGCUGACGAUGAGGAUAAUUCAUUCACUUUGACUAGUGAAACAAACAUGGCCACUAUAUCAAACCUGAGCCCAGGCAAGAUCUAUGCCUUCCAAGUACAAGCCAGAACAGCAGUGGGCUAUGGCCCCUACAGUGGAAGGAUGUAUUUCCAGACUUUAAAGGCAGGGGAGCGCUCGGCGAUGCCACAGGACCGGCUGCUGCUUAUCGUGGGCUCCGCGCUCGGUGGUUUGGCCUUCUUGGUAAUUGCUGCCGUUACUAUCCUUGCCAUCGUCUUCAAGAGUAAAAGACAAGAGACUCCAUACACAGACCGCUUGCAGCAGUACAUCAGUGCACGAGGACUUGGAGUGAAGUAUUACAUUGAUCCUUCAACCUAUGAAGAUCCCAAUGAAGCUAUUCGAGAAUUUGCCAAGGAGAUUGAUGUGUCUCUCAUCAAGAUUGAAGAGGUCAUUGGAUCAGGAGAGUUUGGAGAGGUGUGCUUUGGGCGCCUAAAACACCCAGGGAAGCGUGAAUACACAGUAGCUAUUAAGACCCUGAAGUCAGGUUACACAGAUGAGCAGCGACGGGAGUUCCUGAGCGAGGCCAGCAUCAUGGGGCAAUUUGAGCAUCCCAAUGUCAUCCAUCUGGAGGGUGUGGUCACCAAAAGCCGACCAGUCAUGAUUGUUACUGAGUUCAUGGAGAAUGGAUCACUGGAUUCCUUCCUCAGGCAGAAGGAGGGCCAGUUCAGUGUGCUACAGCUUGUGGGAAUGCUGCGAGGGAUUGCAGCUGGCAUGCGCUACCUUUCAGACAUGAACUAUGUGCACCGUGACCUGGCAGCACGGAACGUCUUAGUCAACAGUAACCUCGUGUGCAAGGUGUCAGACUUUGGUUUGUCCCGCUUUCUGGAGGAUGAUGCUUCAAAUCCCACCUACACUGGAGCUCUGGGCUGCAAAAUCCCUAUCCGUUGGACAGCCCCAGAAGCUAUCCAGUAUCGCAAGUUCACCUCCUCCAGUGAUGUUUGGAGCUAUGGCAUUGUCUUGUGGGAGGUGAUGUCCUAUGGUGAGAGACCUUACUGGGACAUGUCCAAUCAGGAUGUGAUAGAUGCCAUUGACCAGGACUAUCGCCUGCCACCACCCCCAGACUGCCCAACUGUUUUGCAUUUGCUGAUGCUUGAUUGCUGGCAGAAGGAGAGGGUCCAGAGACCCAAAUUUGAGCAGAUAGUCAGUGCCCUAGAUAAAAUGAUCCGCAAGCCAUCCGUCCUCAAAGCCACUGGGAGUAGCAGACCAUCUCAGCCUCUCCUGAGCAACUGUCCUCCAGACUUCCCUUCACUCAGCAGUGCCCAUGAGUGGUUGGAUGCCAUCAAGAUGAGCUGUUACAAGGAGAACUUUGACCAGGCUGGUUUGAUUACGUUUGAUGUCAUAUCACGCAUGACUCUCGAAGAUAUCCAGCGUAUUGGCAUUACCCUCGUUGGUCACCAGAAGAAGAUUCUAAACAGCAUCCAGCUCAUGCGAGUUCAUUUGAAUCAGCCUGAACCAAUUGAAGUGUGAUGUUUACACCACUCUUAUUCUACUAGUCAAAAAUCUCUGGAAAGGUUCUGGGAGAAUUCA